CCGGCCCCUCCUCGGCCGAGCGCCCUCAGCCUCCCCUCAGCCGCCGGUCGUGUCCCGCAGCCGCCCGCCCCGUCUCCGGCAGCAUGUUCAGCUGGGUCAGCAAGGAUGCCCGCCGCAAGAAGGAGCCGGAGCUCUUCCAGACGGUGGCCGAGGGGCUGCGGCAGCUGUACGCGCAGAAGCUGCUGCCCCUGGAGGAGCACUACCGCUUCCACGAGUUCCACUCGCCCGCGCUGGAGGACGCCGACUUCGACAACAAGCCCAUGGUGCUGCUCGUGGGCCAGUACAGCACGGGCAAGACCACCUUCAUCCGGCACCUGAUCGAGCAGGACUUCCCGGGGAUGCGCAUCGGGCCCGAGCCCACCACGGACUCCUUCAUCGCGGUCAUGCACGGCCCCACCGAGGGCGUGGUGCCGGGCAACGCGCUCGUCGUGGACCCGCGGCGCCCCUUCCGUAAGCUCAACGCCUUCGGCAACGCCUUCCUCAACAGGUUCAUGUGUGCCCAGCUGCCCAACCCAGUCCUGGACAGCAUCAGCAUCAUCGACACCCCCGGCAUCCUGUCGGGAGAGAAGCAGCGCAUCAGCAGAGGUUAUGACUUUGCGGCUGUUCUCGAGUGGUUCGCUGAGCGCGUGGACCGCAUCAUCCUGCUGUUCGAUGCCCACAAGCUGGACAUCUCAGAUGAGUUCUCAGAGGUCAUUAAGGCCCUCAAGAACCACGAGGACAAGAUCCGUGUGGUGCUGAACAAGGCUGACCAGAUUGAGACCCAGCAGCUGAUGCGGGUGUAUGGGGCCCUCAUGUGGUCCCUGGGGAAGAUCAUCAACACCCCCGAGGUGGUCCGGGUCUACAUCGGCUCCUUCUGGUCCCACCCACUGCUCAUCCCUGACAACCGGAAACUCUUUGAGGCUGAAGAGCAGGACCUCUUCAAAGACAUCCAGUCGCUCCCCCGAAAUGCUGCUCUGAGGAAGCUCAACGACUUGAUCAAGCGGGCGAGGCUGGCCAAGGUUCAUGCCUACAUCAUCAGCUCUCUGAAGAAGGAGAUGCCCAACGUCUUCGGUAAGGAGAGCAAAAAGAAAGAACUGGUGAACAACCUGGGCGAAAUCUACCAGAAGAUCGAGCGGGAGCACCAGAUCUCCCCCGGGGACUUCCCGAGCCUCCGCAAGAUGCAGGAACUCCUGCAGGCCCAGGACUUCAGCAAGUUCCAGGCCCUGAAGCCCAAGCUGCUGGACACCGUGGACGACAUGCUGGCCAACGACAUUGCCCGGCUGAUGGUGAUGGUGCGCCAGGAGGAGUCCCUGAUGCCCUCGCAGGCCGUGAAGGGCGGCGCCUUCGACGGCACCAUGAACGGGCCAUUCGGCCACGGCUAUGGCGAGGGGGCGGGCGAAGGGAUCGACGAUGUGGAGUGGGUGGUGGGCAAGGACAAGCCCACCUACGACGAGAUCUUCUACACCCUGUCGCCCGUCAACGGCAAGAUCACCGGCGCCAACGCCAAGAAGGAGAUGGUGAAGUCCAAGCUGCCUAACACGGUGCUGGGGAAGAUCUGGAAGCUGGCCGACGUGGACAAAGACGGUCUGCUGGAUGACGAGGAGUUUGCCCUGGCCAACCACCUCAUCAAGGUCAAGCUGGAGGGCCACGAGCUGCCCGCCGACCUGCCCCCCCACCUCAUCCCACCCUCCAAGCGGAGGCAUGAGUGACAGCCGUGCCCCAACCACCAGGGCUGCCCGCCACCUCCACGCCUGCCCGGGCGGGCCAGGGCCGGGGAGGCCGAGAUGGGGGGGGGAGGGAAAGGGUCACCAUUUUUUUCAAGGUCCAUAAAGACAAGAGCGGUGUUUCCUCAGCUCUCUAGUAGGAGAACCACCAUCUUUGUUUGAAAGGCUGCUCCGGGGCCCAGCGGGAGGCAGGGUGCUGCCCCCACGCGAAUGAUGGAAUUUUGUGCACAAAAAAAACGAUGGAUUAUUUUUAAUAUAUAACAUUAGAGGCAGUCUUCAUUCUUGCCUCGUCCUCUGUCCGACAGCCUCUCCUGUCCCAGCCUUUCCUCUGGCCUGGCCGGGCAUAUAGGGUGACAGGGACCCCAGAGCCAGCCAUGCUGGCUCACGCCCUGGCAGCUGCCGCACGGGCUGUGUAGACGGGCUGGGCUCCUUGUUCCCCAGCUGAGGCCACCUCCCGCAGCCAGCACGGCGGCUUUGUCCCACCUUCUCAGCCCCUUGUACUGGGGUGACACCAGUUUUGUGCCUCCACUUGUCCUAGCUCCCGGUACACAUGCACCCCACCCUUUUCCUCCCACACCCCCCAACUCCAACACCCUGCCCAGCGCAGCAGCCACAGGCACAAGAUCCAGCCACUGUUGUCCUUUUUGGGGAUACAGAAUAUCUUCCAGAAAAAAAUAUAUGCAUAUUAAUAUAUAUAUAUAUAUAUAUCUCACAUAAGCUAGGUCUUGUUCUGUUAAGUGACACUUUUCAUACUUGACCGAAUUUUCCAGUAACUUCUAGACCACUUGUUCAAAAGCUGUGAUUUUUGUCUCCCUUUCCAUCUAGGGGGUGGGGGCCGCCGGCGCUGUUAGAUACAUGGACUCACAGGAAACUCACCCCCCUUGGCCUGGGUUUACUGGCUGGCCAAGGAGGGGCCCAAUUCCCGCCUGAAGGGUCUGAACUGGGCCCCUCACUUCACCCCCUUCCCUAUGGCCCCCUGGGCCCCUCCCUGCUGGGGUGGGGGUUCCCAGUGACUUGGGAGGUUUGGUGCUGGCAAGCAGCAGCCCACAGCUCUGGCCUGGACCUGGGGGUCCGGGCAGCAGGGACAGGGAAAACAUCCCCUUCCCUCUUGAUCCCCCCAUUUCCUUCCUUCCCCCUCCCCCUGCCGCACAGGCUGCCUGUGCAGGACCUGGGCGUCCUCAGGGCCUGCCCUCAGCCCCCAGACCAGCAAUAAGAAGCCAGAGCCAGCAAGCUGCCGGUCCCGCCACCUCCUCACCACGCCUCAGGACCCGGCGACCUGGACACACUGGCCGCCAGCAGUCGGCCGCUGGGGUGGGCAUCAUACAGACAGGUGCAGUGGCCCAGGCCACAGGAGCCACCCGGCCCACCCCCAGUGCUGCUGUACGCCUCGUUGGGGCUGAGUGCCUAGGCCUGGCCUGCUACCUCCCCGCCUGGCCCUCCAUCCUGAGUGGAGCUGGAGGAAGAUGGAGAAGACGGGCCGUGGAUUCACUGUGGAAGAUGCAGGCGUGGCGUUCCCUCCCCUGUGCGGGGCAGGUGACUAAAAUUGAGGAAGUGCUUGUAUUAAAGAGGUUUAAUUGUGCUGAA